AUGUUGAAGGAAAUUAUCUUUGUAGCUUUAAUAUGUGUGGCCACGUGUCAAUUUGGAUUCCAACCUUAUGGAUACAGACCGACUCCUUAUGGAUAUCGACCUUAUGCUCCUAGUUACAACAAUUACUACAGAGCUCCUGCUCCAGUACCAUCACCCUAUAGAUUUGGACAACCAUCACCACAACCACUACCAAGUCCUUAUACCCAGACAUCUAAUACUCUUGGAAAUCUUCCAAUGGGCAUGUAUGAUAAUUUUGUUUGCAACACAAUUGCAGGAAAAACACGAAAACGCAGAGACACAAGGAAUCUAGAUUUCAUACAGUCACCUGGUUUAUUAGCAUACCAGAAACUAUUUUCUUUUACUGAUCCUAAACUACAUCAACAGUUGUGGCAGCAAACACAAUUCCUGGCUAGACAAGGUUAUACAGCAGAUGCCAUCAUCAAAAUAAUCACAGUACAGAGAAUGCAAAGGGAUGGUGAAAAUGGCAAUAUUAACGAUAUCUAUAAUGCUAUUAAUUACUUGUCAACACAGUCUCCAUCUGUGGUUAAGGAAACUCAGAAAAGAGCAGGAACAAGCAUCUGCCAAUCAACCACUGCCUUCUAUUGUGGCUACAUCAACAGACUCAGAGCUAGUGCUCAAUACUGUAGUGGAGCUGUACUCAGUAAUCAG